ACGGAUAAAAUGGCUUUGGGUUCAGGGAAAAUGUCUUACUGAUUUCUUUCUGUAAGACAUUUUUCGAAAAUUCUUCCUCCAAUCUCACCAAUUCUCCUUCAUCCAUUCUUCAUGCAGGGGAGUCGUGCCCAAAUUAAAGGUUUCGCAACUCAUACACUGGCAUUAUAUGCCAACACCUCGAUUUCUACGGGAAUAAAAGGAGCAACUAAGGCAAUGUUGGCAAUGAACAAGGUAGAGCUUGGAUCAGCUUGUGCGAGUGUGUUUUAUGUUCUAGUAAUGUUUGUUUGGAUGUAUUUUUUACAGAUAGAGAUGAUGUCAGAAGCUAUUGAUGAAACUUUAGAUAAAGAUGAGGUCGAAAAGGAAAUAGAAAAGCUCACCAACCAGGUGCUUGAUGAGAUUGUUGUGGAUAUUGCUUCUCAGUUAUCUUCGGCUCCAAAGGGUCGGAUUGCAUCAAAGAAUGCUACUCCCCUGGUUAAUGUCAAGUCCGAGCCUACCACUAAUGUUGAUGAUCUUGAGAAAAGAUUGGCAUCUUUACAAUGA